AGCUCAUUCCACUCUUAAUACCACUGCUGGUGCGGAGGGAGGCUGGCCCCAGGGAUAGACUCUAGGAAGGUUUUCUCUCUCUUCUUUUGACUCAGUGGGACUAUACUUGUUAUCUUUGGGAACACUCGUGGAUUGAGCUGGCUGCUAUUUUGUGCAAACCUCUUUCCAGGAACGUGACUGGCUACGUUUGUUUGUGUCUUAAUGUGAUAUUUACUCCGCGGUAAACCAUGAGUUCAAUGGGAAUUAACCAGAGUGAGCUAAAAGAUGGCCACCUCAGCUUCGACCUCAUCCAGAACCGCAUCGAGUCUUUGAGCACCAAGAUGGACACGCUCAUCGACAUCCAGGAGAAGGUUCUGAACCGUCUCGACAGCAUGGAGAGCUCGGAGAAGCCGGAGGAGGAAAACGGCUCCGCGCCCAAAACGGUGGAGCAGCUGAUGGGGCGGGAGGUGAGGGACAUCUGCCAGGAGUUGAGCACCAUCGUGUCCGUGGUGAACCAGCGCUCGGAGCAGCAGGCGCAGAAGCUGGAGGGCAUGGAGAAGCUGGUGCUCAACAUGCAGCAGGUUAUCAGCUUCAUCGGGGAAACGGUCAAGAGCUCCAGGGUCAUGCAGCUGAUGCUCAAAGGCCCGGCCGCUCGCAAAGGAACCAAAGCCAAGGACAGUAAAGCCAAGGUGCUCAAGAAGAAACCCUCCACGGAAGCUGUGACGAAGAAGACGGACGCCAAGAAACCUCCGUCUGUUAAAUCCACUAAAGCGACUGAGGACUUAAGUAAAAGUGACGCCAGCGGAACGCAGGCCUCACACAAGACAAAGCUCCACGGACCAAAGCAUUUCCUGGCCACGCGCAAAUGUGGACUAUUUCUAAAAGAUCACAAAAACAAAGAAGGCGCAGAAAAACCAUCUCUGACACCCAAAAGCCCCAAAGGACAGAAGAAAACCAAGCCCCCGGAAACAGAUAUUUCCUUAAAGAAGCAGGCUCUGUUGUUAGAGGAGGUGCAGAAACUGAACCGAGAGAACAGUGAAAAGAGCACACAGCCCGUCACUGAAAGUCCUGCCCCGGCAACAGACGAUGUCACCAGCGUGGUCUACUACCUGCCCCAUGACUCUGAACGCAAGACGGAGCCAGAGCCGGAAGAGAGGAAAGAGGAGAGGAAAGAGGAGAGACCAGAGGAAAAGCAGGAGGAGGCUGUGAGGGAAAAAGAGAAGGAGGAGAAGGAGGAGAAGGAGGAGGAGGCAGUGUCUAAGGACCAGGAGACAAGCCAAGUCUGCGCUGAAGAACAACCAUCCACCAGCUCCACAGAUGACACGACUUUACCACAGCCCAAAGAACCAGACGGGGACCAGAAGAUGAGCACAGACGAGCCGGCGACGGCGGCAGAGGACGAAGAGCCAGAGACACACGAGCACAACAUGGCGUCUGAGGGCUGGGCCGUGUUUAAGGCGGAGGGGGUGGAGAUCACUCUGGACCUGAAGAAGAGGGUGGAGGAGGAGAGGAGCUGCACCAGCCAUCAUGAAGCAGAGUGUGUGGAGGACGAGCACGCCGAGAGAUUCUUCAUCGACACCACCCCUCCUCCAGCCGCUCCCUUCAACCAUCGCAUCGUCUCGGCCAAACCCAACAAGAUCAGCAACUUCUACACCAUCAGCUGGCAGGAAGUGCUGGGCGGGGGUCGUUUUGGUCAAGUGCACAAAUGCGUCGAAAACUCCUCCGGCCUCACUCUGGCGGCGAAGGUCAUCAAAGCUCGGAACGGGAAAGAAAAGGAGGUGGUGAAGAAUGAAAUCCAGGUCAUGAAUAAUCUGGACCAUGCCAACCUCAUCCAGCUCUAUGCAGCUUAUGAGUCCAGGAAUGACAUCAUCCUAGUACUUGAAUACGUCGGAGGAGGAGAGCUGUUCGACCGGAUCAUCGACGAGAACUACAAACUGAAGGAGCUGGACGCGGUGGUGUUCAUCAGGCAGAUCUGUGAGGGUCUGCAGCACAUGCACAAGAUGUACGUCCUGCACCUGGACCUGAAGCCGGAGAACAUCCUGUGCGUCAGCAGAGUCACAAACAAAGUGAAAAUCAUCGACUUUGGGCUGGCGAGGAUAUACAAACCAAGAGAGAAGCUUCAAGUGAACUUUGGGACCCCGGAGUUUCUGGCUCCAGAAGUGAUCAACUAUGACUUUGUGUCGUUCAACACCGACAUGUGGAGUCUGGGCGUCAUCACCUACAUGCUUCUCAGCGGCCUCUGUCCCUUCCUCGGAGACACAGAUAAUGAGACUCUGAACAACAUUCUGGCCUGUCAGUGGAGCUUCGAGGAGCAGGAGUUUUCUGACACGUCACCCCAAGCCAAAGACUUCAUCUCCAGACUGCUCAUCGUCAACAAGAGCUGGAGGAUGUCGGCAGCUGAAUCUCUGAGACACCCCUGGUUGUCCGACCCAGUGCUGCACCAUGAACUUCACACAAAGAAAACAUUGUGCAAAUCGCGGCGGUCGUCUUGUGUGCCAGACUCAAAUACCUGAGAACUUGACACUGGUGUGAACUGUACAGUGGCUGUUUGGACCAACCCUCCUGUCCACGUUAUUACCCAGAAUCCACUCUGUUCAUCUGUUCAUACUAUUUAACACGUACGCUUCUAUAGAAUGGAUGUUUUAUUUGUAAAUGUGCAGUUGUUGAGCCGUACAUCAGAUCAUCCUCUGUAAAUGUCUUUUGUGUGUGGUCUAACAGGCUACUAUUCAUUUUGCAAUAAUUCGCUCUCAUAAAUCUGAAGUCCGUACUCCCUGACAUAACUCCAGGAGAAAGAUAAAACUCGGUGCGAUUAGACAUGUGAAGUUCUGCUGUAAAAGUACUGUACACGUCAUCUGGGUGAAUGUGUCUGAAUACGCUUUUAUUUAUGUGUUUGGUGUCCUAAGUGUAGCAUGAGCACUUUAUAAAGAUUAUGUAACGACUGUAGUCCAGCUCCUGUAGUCCCGCCCCAUGGACUGUGCAUCGAAAUGGACACGAUUGUGUCUGAAAAUCAAAAUAUGAACAUUAAAAACCCACAAAUCAGGUCGCGGGAAGGAGCGUUACCUUAAACAUCCUCUCUCCUGAUUGGCUCUUUGGUUGCUAUGAUACUGGCGGUCAGACGUCCUAACAUGUAACUGGACUCCAGAUUAGACUCUGCUCCUGCUCCGGCCUCGAGCUGGACCCUGUGGAUCACACUCAGUCCGUGUCUUUACACAGUCUAUGCGCCGUCCUCAAGUACAAGUACAUUCUCAAAGUCAUGUCUUAUCACAGGUCUAGCUGCAUGUUUCAUGUGACAGAAUUCACUUUUAUAACUUUUGUAAACCUGUACUGUAAGCUCCAGUAGGAUUUAAGUGUGAUUAUGUUCUGUAGAAGCUGUUUCCACAAACGUUUAAGUGCCUUCUGUGAAGGUCUAGUACUCCACUACCUGUAGUCUGAUACUAACACUGGAGAGUCCUGUGUGCACUAGGUAGGACAGGGCCUGUGUGCACUACGUAGGACACGGCCUGUGUGCACUACGUAGGACACGGCCUGUGUGCACUACGUAGGACACGGCCUGUGUGCACUAGGUAGGACUCUCACUGUGUUACACGUCCAGCAUGUGUCUUUGAAGUGUGUUCACUCACAUAAAGUGCCAUUGUCUUAAAAAUC